CCCCGAACACCUCCAGCUGGCCAAACAGAAGACGCAGGAGGAGUAGAGGGCUCGGACAUGGGGAGGAAUCAGCACUGGCCCGUUUGAUAGAGAUCGGUGUUUUUUUAUUAUUUAUUUGGGAAAAACCGAGAGGCCUUAGCGCGAAGCAUACACACGGAGAGGAAAAACCCAUCCCUUGCACAAAGCUCGAAAUAAAUCAAUGGACUGAAUGAAGACCGCCUAUGACGCCUAUCGAUGCCUGGCCAAGGAUUUGGAUGCGUACGCCAUGAACCCAGAGAUGACAAUGGACAUUGGCAACCUUCACGGUGGAAUAAGCCACGAUCAGGACUUGAUGAGUAGCCACAGCCCCCAUCACAAUCGGAACGCGGGGGCUUCUUUACGGAUACACCAGGAUCUGACCGUGGCAUCGUCACGCUCCGCGAUGGUCUCCAGCAUGGCAUCGAUUCUGGACGGCGCCGGAGGAGAGUACCGUCCGGAGCUGUCGCUGCCGCUCCAUCACGCCAUGAGCAUGCCGUGCGACACAUCCCCGCCCGGGAUGAGCGGUACGUACACCACGCUGACCCCGCUACAGCCAUUACCGCCCAUCUCGACGGUGUCCGACAAAUUCCACCAUCCGCACCACCACCACCAUCACCACCAUCAACGUCUCUCUGGGAACGUGAGCGGGAGUUUUACUCUCAUGCGGGAUGAGAGAGCUCUACCGGCCAUGAACAACCUCUACAGCCCCUAUCAUAAAGACAUGAGCGGGAUGGGUCAGAGCUUGUCCCCCCUGGCCAGCAGUCCGUUAGGAAACGGCCUGGGCUCCAUCCACAACGCCCAGCAGUCGCUCCACAACUACGGAGCGCACGGGCACGACAAGAUGCUGAGCUCCAACUUUGAUGCCCACACUGCCAUGUUGGCCAGAGGGGACCAGCACCUCUCCAGGGGCCUCGGUGGCCCCGCGGCGGGCAUGAUGCCCCAUCUGAACGGGAUGCACCACACCGGGCAUCCGAGCCAUCCUCAAUCCCACGGGCCCGUGUUGGCUUCCAGCCGGGACAGACCGCCCUCCUCCUCCUCCUCGUCCGUGACUCCGGGCGCCGGCUCGGGACAGCUCGAGGAGAUCAACACCAAAGAAGUGGCUCAGCGCAUCACGGCCGAGCUGAAGCGCUACAGCAUCCCGCAGGCCAUCUUCGCGCAACGGGUUCUGUGCCGUUCGCAGGGCACCUUGUCGGAUCUGCUGCGGAACCCGAAACCCUGGAGUAAACUCAAGUCCGGACGGGAGACGUUUCGGAGGAUGUGGAAAUGGUUACAGGAGCCCGAGUUUCAGAGGAUGUCGGCCCUUCGGCUUGCAGCGUGCAAACGAAAAGAGCAGGAUCCAGGCAAAGACAGGAGCAAUACACCAAAGAAAUCGCGGCUGGUUUUCACAGACCUGCAGCGGAGAACACUACUGGCCAUCUUUAAAGAAAACAAACGUCCAUCUAAAGAAAUGCAAAUGACCAUCUCACAGCAGCUGGGUCUAGAACUCAACACUGUUAGCAACUUCUUCAUGAACGCCCGUAGACGCAGCCUAGACAAAUGGCUGGACGAGGGAAGUCCAGGGAAUACGUCCACCUCCAGCACUUGUACCAAAGCGUGAUCCCAGAGGGACGGGGAGGGUUGGGGUGCGCCGGACCCCCGGAAGGGUCGCCGGAGGAGAUGCCGGGCGGUCCCGAAGGGUCCGGUGCUCUGGGGAGGGUGGGUCACUCGACAGCAAACUUUAUAAGAGAGUGGCAGAGAGACAAACUGCUUACUGGCUUACUGUUGUCGACAGAAAGAACGAUGCGUUCUCGUCCAAAGAGAACUUCAGGAAAAACACUGCCUGCCUGAUAACUCAAAGGUUUUUAAUUUCUCUUCUCUGCUUUAACUUGCUGAAAUGAUCCAAAACCUUAAACCAAAAAUUAAAAGCAGACUUUCCAUUCUGAAGUGAAGUCAAUACCAAAGAGGUCAGGACGGUAAAAAUGCAUUUAUGAGAGUAAUUUCUCAACCAUUGCUUUGUCGCCAGAGGUGAAGAGAUGACAAACUUCAGCCUUUCACUGUUUUCAUUUCCAGAAGUGCUUGUUGAGAAACAGCCCUAAGCUUCAGUGGUUGAAUAGAGAUUUUACAGUAAACAACCACAUUUAAACACAAGACACAAAAGUUACGUUAGCACUGCAAUACAGGUGCAGUUUUACCUCUGUAAGGUAACAAAAAGAGCGCGUGCACCUGUCAGAAGCAAAAGCACAAAACACGGUAAUAAAGUCACACUUCAAUAAAGUCAGGUUUGUGAGCACAAUCCUGAAGCACAUUAGAUUUGCAAUAGAUCAGGGGCUGGACCACACCGAUGUUCUUCAGUCCUUACAAAAUAACUCAGGAUGAUAUUUGUAUGAUACUGAACUGAAGAACAUCCAUCUCAUGAGCUUCGGCACACACCACAUCAGCUUUUAGUUUCAUGACUCGAUGCGUAUUACGCUAAUAAAUCAAACCCAAGUUGAACAGGCAUUGGUAAUCAGGGCCUUUACAAGAGUAUAAGAGGACAAUCUCCACAUCAAUGCCUGCCAUUUAAGCUUCGCAAAGACUCAUGGGAUGGUGGAAAGGACGCAGGGAUGUAGACAGACUGAACAUCAAACUCUCAGAUUCUAGACUCUCUUUCAUAUACUCCAUCACCUCCUCAUUUAUUAUUAAACCAAAGCCAGAAACAAAGACAAACAAAGCCAGUAAGCAGUUCUCUCCUGGUUACACUGAGGGCCAAAGGCUUUUUCGGAUCACUCAAAAAGACUUUUUCUAUUUAUUGACAAAUCGACACCAAAGAAACUUUUUCUGCACCUAACUGUUCUGCAAACGAAUACUGUUCAAAGGACAACAACAAAGAAAGAAAAAACAACCAAAAAAUGAAAAACACAGAACUGCAACGAACAAACAAGGACGACAAAGAGCACGCGGUCGGAUGGAGAGUUUGUCGUUUUUGGAUCGGUGGGGACAGUGGAAAACAGGAAGCAAAAUGGGAUGGAAAGGGUUCGGAAACAUGCGACGGCGGCUUCACGCACGCAGGCAGAAUAAUGCGUCUCUCGAACAAAGCCGAAGAUUGUCUUCAAUGUGUGCCUAUGCAGUUUUUUUCAACCGAAACGGACAAACUAAACCUCAUCAGCUACAAAACCAAAGAUUCAGAAUUUGUCCCGGCGCAGUUCCCCUCCCCACCCGAGCGCUUUAAUGUCCUCUAACAGGUGUAUUGAUGUGGUGAGGAGGGGCGAGCGGGGAUGGAUUCAUUCAGUGUUGCCUCUCUCCAAACAUGGGACGUCAAGGGUUCAGACUACCUCGGUACUUUCCAUCAUCUCUCAUCUCACAGCUAAAACUAAAGGUGUAACUCAGCCUGUUGGGCAGACCAAAGAUAAACACCUUAGAGCACAUGCAAUCUCACCCAUUACUUAUAUCGAGUAUCAAGUAGCAGAGCAACUUCCACUCUUCUUGGUUUUUUACUUUGAUAAAUGCUAGUUUCUGGCCGCUGAACCUCGUGUCCCAUGUUGGAGAGAUGCUGGCGUUGUUUCAAAGGCACCGUUUUUCCACAUGAUUUUCCAACUGAAAAGCCAAUAAUCUGCCAAAACCGCUCACUUACCUGUAGAAAGAAAACUGCAGACUAUAGGUCGAAUAGCUUUAUCCCUUAGGUUGUCUCUUUUUAGAGCUUCUAGUCCAAAGAUUCUCCAGCGCCCAGGUGGGCCUGGAGCCUUCAUCUGCUUCAACAAUACAGUCAGGUCUUAAGGAACUCGGGCCAAAGAGCUUUGCUUGUCUUAGUACUUAUAUUUUGCCAAUGCCUCUGUACAAUGUCUUUCCCAGGUUGCAAUAUGUGAUUUUAUUUAAGUAAUUUAUAUUUGUUAUAAUUGAGGUCUAAUUUAACUUGCCAAAAACUUCCCAGAAACCCUUUUCCCUAAAUCGCUUGCCAAAGUUUACAUUUCGUUUCGCGUGUACGACACCAUCAGACGUAUUUAUUUAUGAGCAGAUGUGCAUAGCUUUGUUUUCUUUUCGACUUAAUUAUUUAAUGUUAUUUAAUUAGAUGUAAUUGUUUUGAAUGACUAUUUAAGAAUUUGCGUGCAUCAAAGAUGCAGUGCUUCUCUGUUAAUUUAUUAGUUAGCUUUACUUUAAAAAGCAACACAAAUGGGUGUAUUUAAUUUUUCUUAGAAAGAAU